AUGAUUGUGAUAUUUGAGUCCAUAUUGUUGUUGUUUUAUGUUAGAAUUGCAGAGUGUUGUACAUAAUUGCCAAACAAUGAAUUAGUACUAGUAAAUAAAAUAAAUGAAACAUAAAGUAUGAAUGUUUAAAAAUUAUUCAUAAAAUAAGAACAAUCUUAAAUAUUGUUGAUAGCUAAUGAUAGUGACAUUAAUAUUCAAAAAUAUAUGUAUAUCCAUUCUAAUAAGAGCAAUUCUUUUACAGAUAUAAUAAGGGUUAAGUGUUUGAGAUCAUAUUAAGACUACACUGUAACAAAUCAAUAUGCCUUAUUGAAUAAAAUUAAUGAAAAAUAUCAAAUACACAUAAAUAGUUAUUAAAUUGAAAAUAAUCAGCGUUUACCAGAAUUCAAUUAAUAUUUUGAAAUAAUAGAUUAUACCUGUCAUGAUUUAGAAAUAUUAGAUAGAUAUAGUUUAAUAGCUGAUUGUUAUAAUGACACAAAAAAUGUAUUCAUAUUUAUAAGAGAAUAAAGUUAAUUAUAAUAUUACAUCUAAGAUCAGACAAAAGAUUUAAGAAUAAAAACAAGGAUGUUUGCAUUUUAGGAUGAUAUUUUAAUUCGUGUUUUGUAUUAUGAUGAUUAUAAUAAAUAUUCAUCAAUACAAUUUAUUUAAUUUGGUGAAAUAGUUACAACUUAAUUAAUAAUUGAUGAAACUUAUAUCAACAAUAUGAUUAAUGAUACAGAAACUGUGAUUCAACUUUAAAUAGUAUAAGUAUAAAUUGAAUAAUAAAUGAUAACAAUAUUAAACAAAAAUUAAUGGAUUAUAUUGAUAAAUGCUAAAGAUUACCCUUUUAUUCUUAUAAAGGAGUAUUUUUAAUUUGAUUUACAAUAUCCAAUAGUAUACAUUACAUAUCAUAUUUAUAAUUAAUGUUAUGCUUUGUUAACUUAAUAUGCAAUAUAUGUUUUGCAAAAUAAUUAAACAAUAUAUAAGGAAAUAGAUAAUUAAGAUCAAUCAUUUAAGAUAUACUUUACAUAAAAUAGUCUAAUCCAAUAUAAUAAUAGAUAAUUGAGUUUAUUAUAAUUUAAUUUGAACAUUUUACAAACCAUUCCUAUAAAUGAGAAUCCAAAAUUUAUUAUAGACUAAACAUCAGAUGAAAUUAUAACUAUAUCUGAAUCAGACAGUCAGAGAAUUAUUAUUAGAAAUAAUUUAUAAUUAUAAUUUAAAUCAAAUACAUUGUAUAAAUAAUUUAGAUAGGCUACUUUGAUCUAAUAAAUAAAUAUACUUGAAUCAUGUAAUUUAAAUAUCAGAUACACUACCAUUGAAUUGAAUUCUACAGAAGCCAUACCUACUGUGAUGAAUUAAUUUAAUACAAUAUUGAAUAGUCCAAUAGAAUCCUAUGAAGUAGACAGAUUCAUUGAUGGUCCUAAUAUUACAAUUUCUAAUAUAAACGAAUUAAAGAUCAAUUAAGUUUUAUUUAGUAUUAAUUUUGAACUUUUAUAAUAAAAAACUAUAAGUGGUAUUCUAAGUGAAUCUACUGUUUAAUAUAUAAAUGUAAUUCAAGUUGGAACUAUAUACUUAUAUUUAAUUUAAACAUCAAAUCUUUAUAUGGAACUUUACUAUUGUUUAUAAGGAAUGAAUUGUGCCUUUACAAAUUAAGUUUACCUUGAAUUUAAUUUAUCAUCCAUUAAUCAUGAAAUUUUCAUUAAUACAUUCAAUAUAUAUAUUGUUGUUAAAAACAAUCAGUAAUUAGAUAUUUGGAAAAUAUCUGAAACACUCAUCUAUUAGUGUACUAUUUAUCCAGAUUAGGAUCAUUAUAUACUUUAAUUUCAAUACAUCAAUUCUUUCUUAGUCGUGCUUUACUCAAACCAAUUAGUUGUUAUUUAUAAAAUAAUUGAUAAAUGUGAGAAGUCUUAAGCAUUAACUACUGAAUUUAUUGAGAAUUAUCAUAUCUAAUGGAAUCCUUCUUAUAUAUCAAUUAAUGAAUAGUAUAAUAUUCUAUAUGUAUAAACUGGAAUGCAAUUGUUGUUAAUUCAAAUCAAAGAAAAAGAAAUAUAUCCCAUCAAUAUAAUACAACUUAGUUAUAACAGAACUAUCACAAUAUUUUCAUAUUAAGAUAUUAUUUGGAUUUACUAUAAGGAUGAAGCAGUUAUUGAAUCAUUUCUAAUCAAUUCUAUAACUUAUAUAGAAUAUCAAAAAACUAUCUCCUUAUAUAAUGUUAUUCCUAACAAAUUCUUCCAUCAUUAAUAAUCUAAAUAUGUCUAUUUCAAAAAUAGUCAAGAUAGUUUAGGCACUAUAUAUAUAUAUUCCAUGGUAUCCAGUAGUCACAAUGCUUUAUUGACUACAUUUUCUACUAAAUACAAAAUACUUUAUUCGGUGUCAAAUUUAUUUAUUAUUGCUGAUAUCAAUAAUUAUUUUGAAAUCAAAGAAAAAAUCAAGUAUUCCAUUUUUUAUCGAGAAAUAGAAAAUCCAAAUUAUUUAGUUAAAGUUAAUACAUCUUUAAUUAUUUCAAGUUAUGAUAAUAAAGAACAACUUAAAUAUUUAAUUAAUUCAACUCUUGUUAAUCCUUAUACAACCAUAACAGUAAAUUAAACUUAAUUAAAUCUCAAAGAAUUACUCAAUUAAGGUAGACCUAUUGGCUAUUGUGAGAGUAAAUAUUUCUGGUAUACUGGAUAAGUUGUGGAUAUUGAAUUAAAUAGCAAAUAGUUGAAACUUAGAAAAUCCAUGCAUCUUUUAAAUAGGGAGAUAUCAUCUACAGGAUUAGAUAUCAAAGAAUAUAUAUAAGAUUCUGUACUCAUUUUAUAUUAAGAUAGAAUUGUCAAAUUAAAUAUGACUACUAAAAUUUAGUAAAUACAUUAUCUAAAUAUUUCGAUUUCAUAUUCAAAGAUAAUCUAAGCUUUCAAGGAUCUUAUUUUUAUUUCAGCUUACAAAUACAUUCCUACAUUUUCUUAUAUGAUUUAAGUAAUAAAAUGUGAUUAGAAUUUUAAUUGUUCUAUUUACACUGAUGAGAUAUCUUUUAAUAGUGAUCCUAAAAAAAUUAGAGUGUUUUAAAAUUUGUUAUUCGUAAUUUCAGAAUAUUUUAUAAAUGUGUAUACUUUUAAAGAUGAUAAAUUAUAAAUUAUUCAAAAUUUUAAUACAUCAAAUUCUGGAUAUUUUCAAGAUAUCAUAUCUCCAGAAUAAGAUUAUUUUUAAAUCUACUCAAAUAGAGAUAAUUAAAUCAAUAUUACCAUGUAUUAAUUCAAAGAAAAUUAUCUUAAUUUUACAUAAUAAUCUAAGAUUGAUUUAUUAGAUAUUAUCUAAUAAUCUGGAUUUAAUAUAGAUCCUAAAACUUUGCUUUAAAGAAUUAUGAUAAAAAAUAAUAAAACUUAAUAAUAAUUAUUUACUGUGGAAUUAUUCUGCUAAACAUAUUAACAUUCACACUACAUAUUAUAAAUACAAUCUGUUUGUUAAUAUUAAGUAAAUUCUUAUUUUUGUAAUAUUAAUAAUUACAAAGUAUUGUAAAUACUUUAAGGAUAUGGAACUUGGCCUUCCAGCUAAGUUAAAAUAUAUAAUGACACAUAUAUAUUGAUGAUUUAUUAUUAAUCAACAACAUUUAUCAAUGCCAUUUAUAGUAUACAAUUAAAUUAUGUUCACCCAAUUAUUUCUCCUACAUUAUUUUCAGGUGCUAUUCAAUAUUAAAAUAUUUCAUAUUCUCAAUAAGCAUUUUUUACAUAAGAACAUUAAAUUUAUUUAUUAACUAAUUCAAUCAACAAAGAAGUAUUUGCUUUAUAUGAAGUACAUAACACUUCUAAGUUUUGUAUUUAUGAUAAUUUGAUAUCUGAGAAAAUACUAAUUACUCUCAAGAAUCAUUUUCACUAAAAAAACGAAACUAUUGAUGUAACAAAAAAUAAUGAUAUAGAUGAUGAUAAAACAACAAAAUUAAUUAUUUGGUUUGUCUUUGGAAUUAUAUUAGCAUUACUUUUGGGAAUCCUUUUAUUUGGUUGUUAUAUAAAAUAUAAAAAGAGAUAAACACAAAAUUAAUUAAUUUUAUGA